GUCCACGUUGAACGAUAUGCUGUAGGUCCUCGUCUAACCGGUGAGAAGCCACGCGCCAGUUAGUGUGUGAACGUUCCGAAUGUCGGACGGAUUUACGUUCACAGUUUCCCGGAUAUACGCUCGCCCGAUUUCACAGUGUUUGCGUAAUUGUACAACGAGUGCCUACCUACCGGUUGGGCAAUUGUGUUGCCAAAUCUGUUUGGAGGAGUGUAUGUGAAAUACGUAUCUAAGUGAGUGCAUUCAAUCAGUCUUCGAGGGUGUACGCAUCCUUCCUGAAAGUGAUAAAGCUAUGUGUGUUGUAUUGCAUCACACUGCUACCGUGUCUGGUCACGGACAAUUGAUCGUUUAGUGCCUCUCUUGACACAUUGAUAUUUUCCGAAACUCUAAACAUACGCUUGCCCACUUGUCAGGCCACCAUCUGACUUCUUCAUCUUCACCCCGGAAUCAGCAAUAAGGCUUCCAGUGUCUUCAAAACAAAUUUUUCAAACCAACAUUGCGAAUCGCCUUGCAUCGAUAGUGAAAGUGACACUCUCUCAACUUAUGUGAAAAUGAGUUAUUUUCAACCCAUCAGUGUGCUCUUGCUGUGAAGUGAAUCUGUCGUAUUUUCGACACUGUUGUCAACGACUAUAGAACCUUGUGAUCCGGCGAAACCAAGUCGGAUGCAGUUUCCGUCGGUGGCUCUAGUGGCGAACUAAAAAUUGUAAGCAUACAGUGGCGUUGAAUAAUUUAUGCAAUUACAGCUCCCAUCAGGUGCAGAUGCAGCAUCAUUCCUGCAUCAGACCACCGCUUUACGCUUCAUUCGACGGCCAUCAUUUCUACACGAGCGUUGCGUGUAUUUUCUAAGGCACUAGCACGAAAAUACACACACAAGGGACACAGAUACUGAUACCAUUUGACCGUGUGGAAAAGUUUCAUCUCCAUCACCCAUUGUUAUAUUAGUGACAUUAUGCCGAAACAUACGAAAUUAGUGAUUGUAGCAGUUGUGUAGCAUUGUGAAUGUAGUCAAUUAGUAGAAGAGAAUUACAAGUUAUUCAACGUUUUCAAAGUGUUCUGAAGCUGUUGCAUCACCAUUCUACCCAAGGCGAGAACAAUAAGGUGACCGAGGAGAUGAGUACAUCCUGGCGAUCAGUGGUAAUCCUAGCAAUACUAUGGCGAUUCUUCUACGACAGAAAUCUAUUGGCACACUGUUGUCCCGUGGAGUGUAUCUGUCUCUCACAAACACAGGUGAUGUGCAACACCGGUGCGCUGCGUGAGAUACCACUGAAAGCCAUACCAGUUACGGUGGAACAGCUGUCACUCACCAAAAACUACUUCCCAAUCAUCAAAAGUGAUGCUUUCGGAGGGUUAUGAGCGCUACGAAAGCUGUCACUCGACGGCAAUAACAUCACCACUAUUAAACCAUUUGCUUUCCGUGGUUUACCACGGCUGCGAGAUCUCUCUAUCCAGCAUACCCCUCUGGCAACGGUUGCAUCAUUUGCCUUUGCCGGGCUGCAGAACGUCUCGCAGAUACAGCUAUCGCACAACAAAAUCCUACGCAUCGAAGGGUACGCAUUUGCCGGGGCCGUCAACAUUCGACAGAUACAUCUCGCCGACAACCCAACCGUAACGAUCGAGACGAACGCAUUCUCCAGCCUUAACAACGUUGAUCGACUCAUCCUACCGUCGGGUAUACGUGUGAUCGAGCCGGACGCUUUCUAUGGGCUCGAAACGGUUGGCUACCUGAAGCUUUCUUUUAUGGAUCUUGCCUCCCUGGAGCCGUACACAUUCCGGGGCCUGACGCACGUCAAACUACUCUCCCUGCAAGAAUCUGAUCUAGGUAUCAUACGAGCUGGCGCCUUUGAGGGUCUUGUGCAGGUCGAGUUGCUCAACAUACUCAAUAACAAAAUUGAUGCCAUUCAGGAGCUCAACAUUACUGCGGCCAAUAGAAUUAGGGUGCUUCGGAUUCAGGGUAACCAUCUGCUCGAAACCCCCGAAAGUGGCUCGAUCGUGCUUGAGGGCAUCGAUACACUGCAUGUAAAUAGUAACUACUUCCCAUGCGGAUGUCACAUCCACACGCUCCUAGAUAGUCCCCUCGCAAACGGUAGCUACUCAUCGCACGGUGGUGCACCUACAGGAGACUUUCUCUCCAAGAACUACUGCAUCUCCCCGCUCGAGGUGAACGGGAUGCCAAUGAGCUCAAUCGAUCUAUACUCGAUCGGGCGUUGCUUGGAGCAAGUGACGCGAGAAAAUCUCGAAGCCACCAACUCAGCCACACCGACCGUGCGCCAAGGACAAUCGUGGCACUGGUGGCAGCAGUGGAGAAAAGAACAAACUCGGCGUACUCGUGAGAAGACACUCAUUUCGUCCGUGUCGUCGGCUGUGCGGUUUCUGGCGGCAUCACCUUUUACAUCGAUGUUGUUUGUUGGAUGCUUGCAAAGUGCAAGUGUAAAAAUGAGUUGAACUUAAACAAUCCAUGUAAAUUGAUGAGGUCAAUAGAAAUGCAACGUUGAAACCACAACUGUUCAGUUUAGUAUUUAGACCGGCAGAAUUCGGAGAUACGCUUCUUGAAGGUCGGAUUAAUGCUUGUUUGACAAUAUGUAAAGUAUUAAAUAUUUUCUCAACUAAAUUGUUAAAGUGUAAAGGCUAUGAAAAAAUCAUCCUUUUUUACUUCAGUGAUUAACUUUCGUCGGUAUAGUCAUCGAUAGUAUAUAAAGGCUUUGUUGUAUCCACAGAGAGAAUGUAUUUGCUACAUCUAAACGAGAUUUGUACUGACGACUAGCAUGGCCGUAUACUUGACCGAGAGGACAGUUAGGUUGUCAAUUACCAGCAUGCUAUUCUACAAAAUUAAAUCAUACAUACCCCUCAAACAACCACAUUUUAACACUCACCCUCACUCACACCGUUGCAGACUCUUUAACGGUUAAAAUUAGGUUUCAAUUCAAGCGGACGUCAACCACAGCAACAGCAUUAUAGGAACUUUGCGGUUUUUUUUGUGCGUAACUUUUAUUACGUGGUUUGACGUGUUAUGCCUCAUACUACAUUGAAUGUCUCUUUUUGCAUAACAAUCAAUGCAAAACGCAAUAUGAUGUAAACCUCAAAACGCUUCAAUCAAAAUCGUUUAUGUUAGCGGUUAACCGUUGGUUAACCGUAAUAAAUAAUGCAACACCUGUGAUGAUCCUUUCGUGUCAUUAUUAUCUUCUAUUCCAUUGACAGCCUCAUUGGGUAUUUUUCGUUUAUCAAAUUAAUUGCCUCAUUCUUUUUUUUUUGUUUUAUCGUUUGGACUGCUGAAAAAAGUCUGCUAAAUAUUAUGCUUAUUGCUCUAAUAUUUUCUAAUUGUGGGUUCACAUGCACUGUGGAAGUGCAUUGGUACUCAACACAUGUUCAUUUACUCAGCAAACAAACGAUCCAAUAGUGCUAAAUGCUGUGUAUUGAUCCUGUUAGAAGUAUCGCUAGCAAAAGGAUUAAGUUUGAAAAAGAAAAACACGAGUUUUCCAGCCCCAAGUCAACAAUCCUUUGUUCGGUAUUAAUUUCAUCAUUGAAAUCAUCGUCAACAUAAACAACAAGACCUGCAAAACUAGGAAUACUGCUUGAAUACUUGCUUGCUUCCUUGCUUGCUUGCAAUACUGUUCUUCGAGCCCUAACUGACCUACAUUAUCAUCACUAUCACCAUCAUCGGCAUCAUGCAUAUGAGUAUUGGAUCUUUUUACGACCAACACUGGAUGCACAUUUCUCUGCUAGUUGGCGUAUACACCCGGACAAAAAAUAUAAAGAUAAAACACAGGAAGCGGGGUUUCAAAAGAUUUUGCUACUCGUUGAAUAAAUUUGUUUUGCUGCAGUUUUCCUGUGGUUUCUUACUCCACAGUUUAUGUUGCUGUGAGGUUGUUUAAAACUGACCACCACAAAUUCGUUAUGCCGUG